AUGAAUAACAAGAAGAUGCAUGAAACACUGUUCAGAUUUCAUCAUACAUACCAAGCAAGAGAGACGAUUUAUUGGUAUACGAAAGACUCGUUUUUAUACCGUCUAUUAAACCAAGCAUGUCGAACAGAUCACAUUGAUUUUAUGUUCAGUUAUCGUUUCAUUAUUCAUGAUCUACAUGAACAGUUCCGUGCACUUUAUGAGAAACAACGUUUUAGUGAUCAGUUGAUUGUCUAUCGAGGUACAAUAUUAUCAAAAGAUGAGCUCAUUAUGCUUUUAACACCAAGUGAAGGAAAAAACUUGAUUUGGCCAACUACGUUUAUGUCAACAAGUUUGAAUGAAGACGUAGCAAAAAUCUAUGCUGGAAAGCCACAAGUCGAUGAUCAAAUUGUCGUUCUUCAACGCAUCAUCAUCGAUGGAACGAAGAAUUAUGUAAAUACAUCAUUUGCUAAUAUACGAGAUGCCAGUGCUAUGAGUGAUGAAGACGAAAUCUUGUUGUCGAUUGGUACAGUAUUUGAAAUGGAAUCAAUAGAGAAGAAUAAGACUAUGAAAACGCUAUUAAAUACAACACUGAAUAAUGCCAGUCGCAUUGUGAACUUCAAUCGUGAUGUCGCAGCUGCUUAUAACAAUAAGGGCCUCGUACAUCAAUAUCUUGGUGAAUAUGAUGAGGCACUACUCAACAUAUACAAGAGUCUCGAUCUACGUCAAGAUGAUGCCACUCUUUCUGAUCAACAGUGCCAACGUUUGGUAGUUGAACGUUCCUAUUCACAUGAAAAUCUUGACUUACUUCACAAGGUCAAAGCCGAAUACGUUGAAGCACAGGAAGAAUUUGAGCGAGCAUUAUCGACACGUAAACGGUAG